AUGAAUACCACAAUGUUGAUUGCUCGACGCGCGAUAACGUCUAUAAAAACUCACGUUUCUGCUAAAAAAGUUUAUAAUAAUUUUAGUGACUCUACUAGAAAGUUAUCCGUCACUUCUUGUAAAAACAUGAAACUUGUACAGUUUGUUUAUAAUGAAAAACCUAAUGAAAUUCGAGUUGGAUACCUCGAAGGAGAUAAAGUUGUCGAUAUUAAUAAAGCCGACUCCAGUUUAGCAAGUACUUUGAUAGAUAUUUUGAAAAAUGGUGGCAUUGAAAAAGUUAAAAAACUAAAGUCAUCAAAGCCAGCAUCCAUUCCUUUAUCAUCUGUAAAACUUGCCGCCCCAAUUACUGGGAAUGAUAAAGUUCUUUGUAUAGGUCUUAACUAUAAAGACCAUUGUGAGGAACAAAACUUGACUCCACCGGAAGUGCCAAUAAUAUUUAGCAAGUUUUCAAGCUCUAUAGUUGGUCAAAAAGAUGCAGUAAAACUAAGGACUGAUGUGACAAAUAAAGUAGACUGGGAAGUGGAACUAACAGUGGUAAUAGGUAAAAAAGCAAGCAACGUGAAAGCUGCCAACGCAUUUGACUAUGUUCUUGGGUACACUGUAGCCCAAGACAUAAGUGCUAGAGAUUGGCAGAAGUCGAGAAACGGAGGACAGUUCUUACUUGGAAAGUCCAUGGAUACGUUCUGUCCGAUCGGACCGUGUAUCACGACAAGUGAUGAGAUCGGCGAUCCGCAGAAUCUGGACAUAAAGUGUAGUGUGAACGGCGUUUUGAAACAAACAAGUAACACUAAACAAUUGGUACACAAAAUACCUGAUGUCAUCGAGAGAUUGAGUUCGGUAAUGACGCUAUUGCCCGGGGAUAUAAUCCUUACAGGUACACCCGGGGGCGUUGGGAUGUAUCGCUCUCCGCCGGAAUAUCUGAAACCAGGCGAUGUUGUUCACAGCGAAAUUCAAAAUAUUGGUGUCUUAGAAACUAAAGUUGAGAAAUUC